AUGGGAAAAACGCAAAUAUGGGAAAAACGCAAAUAUGGGAAAAACGCAAAUAUGGGAAAAACGCAAAUAUGGGAAAAACGCAAAUAUGGGAAAAACGCAAAUAUGGGAAAAACGAAAAUAUGGGAAAAACGCAAAUAUGGGAAAAACGCAAAUAUGGGAAAAACGCAAAUAUGGGAAAAACGCAAAUAUGGGAAAAAACGCAAAUAUGGGAAAAAACACAAAUGUGGGAAAAAUGCAGAUAUGGGACAACUGCAAAUAUGGGAAAAAAGCAAAUAUGGGAAAAACGCAAAUAUGGGAAAAACGCAAAUAUGGGAAAAACACAAAUAUGGGAAAAACGCAACUAUGGGAAAAACGCAGGUAUGGGAAAAAUGCAGAUAUCGGAAAAACGCAGAUAUGGGAAAAACGCAGGUAUGGGACAAACGCAGAGAUGGGAAAAACGCAGAGAUGGGAAAAAUUCAGGUAUGGGAAAAACGCAGAUAUGGGAAAAACGCAGAUAUGGGACAAACGCAGAUAUGGGACAAACGCAAAUAUGGGACAAACGCAAAUAUGGGACAAACGCAAAUAUGGGACAAACGCAAAUAUGGGACAAACGCAAAUAUGGGACAAACGCAAAUAUGGGAAAAACGCAAAUAUGGGACAAACGCAAAUAUGCGACAUACGUAA